AUGGCAGACGAAUGUAAAAAUUUUGAACAAGAGUUCGACGAUUUUCUUGCUCAGUGUCGGAAAAGCUCAGAUCUUUUGUCAAGGAAUGUUUUCUUCAUUAAAAGCCAGGGAAAGUGUGAUAGUCUGAAAGAGUACCUGAAGGCAAACCUGGAUUGGGCAGCAUCCAUUGAGAAAAAACAGUAUGUUAUGCAAGAAUAUGUUCAGGCUGUUCUUGAUUACACAUUUUGUUAUGAAGACAGUUUAACUGACUCUGAGUUUCCUGAAAGUGAAUGUAGACAAAUCAUGGAUUCAAUUAUAAAAUCCCUCUCUGAUGUAGUUUUCCUUGCAGAAUCAAUGUCACCAGGUAUAGAAUCAAAGGUUGAUGCCAUCCUAGGUGUUGACCUUACAGAAUGUAUACACUGGAGAAGAGGGGCUUUACUCUACAUGUAUGCAGCAACUGUAGUUCAUAUUCCAGCUAGACUCAACAAAGAGAAGCAAUAUUUUGUGCAGUGUUUGACUAAUGGUGUAAAUUUCUUAGAGUCUAUGUUGUCUACCAGAUCACCAGUAGUGAAGGAUGACAUUCUAUCGAAUGAUGAGGCAUCCACUGACCUAGUUUCCCAAGGUCUCUAUAGUGACACCCAUGUAUUAGCAAUGAUGUACAUUGGGGAGAUGUGCUACUGGUACAUACACCAUAAUCCCAUUCACCCUGAGGACUCCAUCUAUGCAGCAAGCCACCGACACAUCCAACCUCAACCCACCAGUGAACAUAAAACAAUUGCAGAAAAACAAGACAAUAGCACAGGUGCAUCAAUAGAGACUGAAACUGAAAGUACAUCUGUUUCUUUAAAAGGGAUAUCAAUUCCCAGUGAGAAUUUAACAGCUCAGUCAAGUACACCUGAACAGUCGGUAGAUUGUCAGAAACAAUCAGAAUUUUUCCCUGUUAAAAUAGGCCGUCAUUAUCUACAGUGUUAUAUAAAUGCUGUAAAUGGCCCUUUGAAGCAUGCAGGUUGGGAUAUGGACCGUGCUAAUGAAUUAUUACAGCAUCUUGAUGAAUGAGGUAAGUUGUUUUUCUCUUACGAACAGUUAUUGUGAGACACUCUGUAUAUGUAUUGAUUGUACAUCACAGGGACCAUGAUUAAUAAAUUCCAUAUGCAAUUGUAAUGC